AUGAGCUUCAACGCUGUCGACUAUUACAGAGCGAACUCCAAAAAGUUGAUUACUAAAACGGCACGUGCCAAUAUCUAUUUAGCCAGUUUUUUAUGAUACACUCCAGGCUUAAACUACCCAAGUCAAGCAGUCAUCAAAGAAAUCUUUAGUUUCACUCAAAAUCAGCUAAAAGAAGCCGAAAUUCAACUGACUGCCUGGAAGAUUCACCCAAAUAUAAUCAAAAUCUAUUUUUGGGAACCCACAGAAAACGACACCCUCUCAAUAUAUUUGGAGUAUUGCGAAAAAGGUCUUGACAAUGAAUUAACACAGAGAAACCAAAACUGUGACUGGUUUACAGGAGAAUUGCUAUUGAAACACUUUAAAAAUUUGACCCACAUUCUGAAGUCUCUCCAUGAAAACAAUAUUACACAUAGAGAUAUAAAACCGCACAAUAUUAGAUAUGACGAGUUCGGAAAUUUAAAACUCGCUGAUUUUGGGGAAAGUAAAAUAUUAGCAGGAAAUGAAGAAAGCGAGUUUCAUUCACUCGUAGGGACAGUGCCUUAUUUUUCACCUGAAGCGCAAUAUAAAUUAACCAAUAAAGAAUCUAGAAUUUCAACAAGCCCAUUGAAAGAUGAUGUUUAUCAAUUGGGAAGGACAUUUUUCGAUAUGCUGAUAUGCAGGCUUGAUCCGUAUGAUAAUCAGCUUUCCUAUGAAGACAGACUGAGCAUUAUGGUAGAAGUAUGCAACGAAAGAAACUAUCCUAAAAAUUUCAUAGACAUUAUCCUUAAAAUGACUGAGCCUAAUUUUCAUAAUAGGAUUUCAGCUAAAACUGCAUAUGAUUUGCUUUCGAAUAUCAUCAUAUCAAAUGAGAUCAUACCAUUUGAAAUGCAAGAUGAGAUUGCUUUAGGCACUUAUGAAGAAGAUAAAAGUGAGCCAAAUAAUAUCCCAGGUAGUGUCAUUUCUAAAGAAAACAACGUAGAUAGUGAAAUUAAGUCAAGUAAUUUCCCAGAUAUGAACAUUUCAAAAGACAAUGUAGAUAGUGAAGAAGCUCAGGCUGAGCCCGCAUACGACUAUAUAUCAAAUAGGUAUCAAAGCAAUAAAGUAGAAGAAACUAGCGAGGCUCAAGAAAUAAUCAAAAAGAACGAAGAAAGCAAUUUGCCUAACGUUUAUUCGACGCCAAAAUUUGAUAAAAAGCUUUAUUUAGCAAGUGACUAUGAAAGUGUAAGUUUCCGUUCCGAUGAAUUAUUUGUCAAAAAUGAGCUUAAAAACAAAAAUUCAAUAUCAACUGCUGCAUCUAAUGAAAUUGAAAAUUUAAAAGAAGAAGAGCUGAGACGUUUGUCCUUACUCCCCCCCCCCCCCCCCUCCGUGAGCGAACAAAACCAUUAGAAAAAUCGCCAUUUUUUGACCAAAAACCCACCCUCCGUGAGUGAACAAAAAUUUUUUUAAUAGAAAAAUUUUAAUGAAAAAAAAUUUUGAUAUAUAAGUGAUAAUUAGUAUAAUGAAAUCUAGAGCUAAUUCUGUUUAAUUUUAAACAAAUUGCGUUUUAAAACAUAAAUUUUGCAAAUUAAAUUAAUAUUUGCUUCCCAAUUUUUGCAAAUUAGGAUUUUUUUAAAUUUCGAAAAAAAUAUUUUUUAUAAAAAUUUAUAUAUAAAUUUUUUUAAAAAAAAAAAUUAACCCCCCUCCGUGAGCGAACAAAAUUUUUUUGUUCGCUCACGGGGGGGGGGGGGGAGUUAGGAAUUCCCUCUAAUCCUGAACAUAUAACUAGACCUCCAAACUCACAUGCUAACUCAGCAAAUUUUGAAGGGUGGAACAAGCACAGCUCAAAUUCUAACUUUCUAUCAGAUAAAACCAAAAAACUUGCUAACAAUGAGAAAUUGAACUAUGAUCAAACUAAAACUCCCAAGAGUAAAGCGAAUUCAAUGGCAUGUGAUAUAUGUAAAUUAAUGACUAAAACUGAAACUAUUAUUACAACUCCUUGUGGGCAUAAUUACCAUCAUCUUUGCUUCAAUGAAAAAAUUGGAAACUCGAUUAAGCACAGUGACAAAUUAUGUAAUAUCAGAUGCCAGAUCUGCCAUUGCAGCCUUACAUAUAAAUUCUUAGAAAGCAAUAUCACUGAAAUAUUUUAUCCUGAUAUUGCUAAGCGUCUUUGCCUAUUGAAUUUUAGUGAAGUCAGCAUAGACUGCCCUUUUUGUAAAACGCCCACUAAGAAUAAGCUUAUUAAUGAGAAAUUAAAGAAUAAGACAGUUCGAUGUCCUAAAUGCAGAGGAAAUUUUUGUUCGUUUUGUAGUUACACUGGUGGCCAUAGGAAAUGUAAGGAACUAUUAAAGGUUUUGGAAUCAAAAUCAUUGUUUUAG